AAGAUUUCACUGCUAAGAAGUUAUUCUGGUUUUUGUUCUAAAGCACUUUAUCUAGCACACCUCAAGGUGGUGAGAGAAGACAAUGCCUAAGCGAGCGCGGAGAAGCAUCACAGUCAGUCAAGCUUGACCAACCUUGUGAUUUUCUGGUCUGGCAAUGAGCAGAAGAGAUAUAUCAUGUUAUCCAACUUGGGAGAGAGAGAAUACAACAGCAGAGCAACUCUAUGGAUGUAAAUUAGGGUUUGAUUCAUGAGAAUGAGCUGACACAGAUACAUCAGUACAAGAAUUCUGGCUGGUGCACAGUUUGAUUGCUUUUUUUGCACAGAAUGUGGUAUUUAAAGCUGAAGCUUAUGAAGACAUCAAUCUAGUGGCUGGCACCUGAUACUUUCCAAGAGACCUAGUUUUUGUUCCUGACAACUAAGGAAUAAUUUGUUUCGAGGAUUUCUUUGCCCUGAGGAUUUGAUGCCAGAACAUCUUAUUGUCAGUACAGUUCCUGAUCCAUGCAUUAGUUACCAGCUUGGCUUCAAGUUUUAUGCAGAUUAAACCCCAUCUUUCCUGCUUCGUCAUUCAACUAGAAUGCUUCCGAAUCAUUCCAUGAAUCACUGAGACUGCCACAGCUGACAAGGUGUUCAUUCCAUUUUUGUUUUGAAGCUGUGGAAUUAAUUCCAAUGUGCAGCAAAAUCUCUUCUGUUGAUUAUACUCCAUGGUAAUUGAAAUGUACUACCAGUCGAUGCAACAAAUUUGUUCUUCUUUAUCAUGUCAACCCCACAAUUCUAGGAGAUCAUGUGAAUGAUUGAGAAGGACAUCCAUGUAAGAUAUGGAACAUUAACUGCAAUAUUGCAAUCCAACACACCAAACCUUGUCAGAGAUAGGAAAGAGCUUCUUAUCCUUUCAACAUUUUGCAUUUAGAGAAAUUCACAUUAGUAAUCAAUCUAUUUUUCUCUUGAAUUGCUCUUCAAUCCUCCAAGUUCUUAAUCAUGCUAUAAGCUUGAAUUAUCCUAAUUGCAUAGGGAUAUUUCUUCAAUUUAGCUGCUAGAAUUCAGUUGUUCAAUCUUUAUAUCACUUCUUGUGCACUGGAUCAUUUUCUUUGUAUGAUAGAGAAGAAGUUAAAAAAAUGGUAGCAUCACAUGAAAGAUGUGGAUCAUUAAAUCUGAUGUCAAUUUUACAGUAAUAAAUUAAUCAAAUUGACACUCGGAUUAAGCUAAUCAGUUUUGAGUCUUUGUGCUAUUCAGUUCUCAGUUCUUCAGAACUGAAAGAACAAGCUGCCAAUGUUGUGAUGCUUGCUUGUGAUCUGAGAUAUAUUCUGAUGUGCAUGAAAAGCUAUCAAAGUGCAGCAAAGCUGAAGUCCAGCAAUGGCUCCAAAGAGUUGGUGUUUAUAUGGAGCAAUUAAAAGCAAUCCAACCUCAGACAAAUCCCAAUGACUGCCCAGUGUGAUGUAAGAUUCUACUACCUUCCCUCUUCCACUCAUCAUUAUGGCCACAGUACUUCUGUUUUUGAUGCAUUAGGAGAGCAUGCCACACACGUCAGUGGUUUCAGACACUGUGCACACAAAGCAACAAGCUGCUUGUGCUGCAGAUGGUGAACUCAUGAAGCCCCCACCGGCCAUCCUUAAAUGGGAAUUCAAUUCCCCUUGGUUCUAGCAAUAAAGGACAUUGCAGUCUAUGAAAACCCAGACUCACAAGCUAUCGAAUGCCAUCUGGGACAGCUCCUCUUUAUAGCCCUUGGCUCCUUUGCUUGUGAAGAGGUGGGCUUUGGAAGAACUUGGGGGGUAUAAACGGAGAGGAGAGGUUGCUGCUGUUUUCUUGAGCUUCUUGUCUUGUCCGUUAUCAAGAAUCUGAGUGAGCAGAUGAGGCCAGAGGUUGGGAUGAGCCCAGGGAAUGUGCCUGUGUAUUAUGGGGGUGGGAAGUUGAGAGCUGUGGGGAGGAGGAUGGAGGUGGCUGAGGUUGUGCUGAGGUGUGCCAUAUGUGGGCUUGGGGUUCUUGCUGCUGCUCUGAUAGGGUCUGCUACCCAGGUUAGGGAGUUCUUCUCGGUGGAGAAGAAGGCCAGAUUCACUGACAUGAAAGCUCUGGUGUUCUUGGUGGUUGCUAAUGGGAUAGCUGCAGGCUACAGUCUGGUCCAGGGGGUGAGGUGUGUGGUGAGCAUCAUUAAGGGGGGUGUUCUACUCAAGAAGGCCUUGGCUUGGGCUAUCUUCUCUUGUGAUCAGGCACUGGCGUAUGUUGCAUCGGCAGCGAUCGCGGCCGCAGCGGAAGCGGCGGAGCUUGGCCAGUCGGGCCAGGCGGAGCUGCAGUGGAUGAAACUAUGCAACCUGUAUGGGAAAUUCUGCACCCAGGUAGGGGAGGGCAUAGCCAGUGCCUUCCUGGCCUGCCUCUGCCUGGUGAUUGUUUCCUCCAUGUCUGCCUUCAACCUCUUUCGCUUGUAUGGCAGAACCAAAGAGCAGAACAGUGGAAGCUGGUAAAGUGUUGCUGAAAUCCCUUUGAAUUUUCUGCUCAUGGCUGGUAGAAAAAAUGCCAUUUUGGCCUUGUAAACUUGCUCAUCUGAAUGUAAUAAAUGUAGAGACUGUUCUUUUGUACUGCAUCUUUCAAUGCAA